AUGUGCUUGUUCGGAAAUUCGCCGGUUAUGGCUGUGCACGGCGAGAAGAUAGGCGGAGGGAAAAAUAUUCUGGAAUAUGACACACACAGUCGCCCGUAUACUGGCUGUCCUCCUCCUCGGGCGGCGGCGCCGCCGUUGUCCUACAGUCCAACCUUUCGUCCCCGCCGCCGUCAAGUCUUAUGUCGACGAUGUCACGCCGGAAAGCCGUCCGCCCCACCAUAUUCCCUUCCGUAUGGCCGUGCCUUCUUAUUCCCCCGGUUGGCCACCCUACAGCGUCGCGCCGCCGCAUACGUUGACGAACUGUCGGAUCCCGACACCGACGUCCAGAAAAAAGUAAAGCUUCGAUCGGAAAACUCACGCCGCCCGUACUUCCGAUCACCCCGCAUAGAGCCGCCGCGACCUUUGGAGAACCCCGCCACCAACGAUCGCAGCCGCUUCAUACGAUGUCUUACGAUCGGAGCACGUCGCCGACGUCCUAAAAAAAACUGA